UUGCUUGGCUGCUCUAGAAUCGCUGCUGGCUGCUUGGGUUGGGUCUCCCUCCCCGGAUUCUAAGCCCCGCAAUUAGCAGGAGCAGCUCAUUGAUUUCACUCCAAAUUAAUCCGCGUCCAUCCACAGCAGCCAGCCAGCAAAACCACCAAACCCAACGAGAGCAGCCACGCCAAUUUAUUGCCUUCCCCUCCUCCCCCUCUCUCUCUGUGUAGAGAGAGAAAGAGCUGGCCUCGCAUCGCUGCCAAUCUCCUCGUCGCUCCCAGCGCCGAUCCAGCGCUUCCAGAUCCGCCAAGCGGGCAAUGCUGUAGCGGCCCGGGCCGAGAUGGGCGGUGUUGGCGGCGGAUUGCUCCUCGUGCUGCUCCUCCUGCUCCGCGCGGCCUCCACCCUCCGUGCUACCGUAUUACCUAGGUCAGCACCAAAUCCAUCAAAUCCCCCUGAAGUGAGAAUGUCUGGACCUCAAAUUUCCCCAGCAUUUUCUCCUAGGGCACUGUCUCCAGUAUCUCCUGGACCUGGCUUUGCUGGUCGUAAUCAUCACAAGCACCUGCACCGUAGAGAGUCAAAUCAUGCCCCUUCACCAUCCUCAUCUCCCCCACCCGAAGCCGAAGGUUGUUCUAGCUAUACUUGCACCGAGCCAAUGACUGCAACACCGAUUGGUUCCCCAUGUGGCUGUGUCCUGCCAAUUAGUGUUAUAGUUGAUCUGGAUGUUGCUCCGUAUUUACUGUUCAUGCGCAUAGCAGAGUUAGAAGUUGAAGUUGCAGCUGGGACAUUUCUUAAACAAAGUCAGGUGAAAAUUAUGGCUGCAAUUGCAAGUAUCCAAGAUGACCAGAAGACAAGGGUGACCAUUUAUUUGGUGCCACUAAGAGAACACUUUGAUACUUAUACAGCAUCCCUAAUAUCUGAUAGGUUCAUGGAUAAUAAGGUUCAGAUAAAUUCAUCUAUUUUUGGAGAUUAUAAAGUUAUAAAUAUCAGCUAUCCAGGGUUGCGAUCCCAGUCACCAUCUCUGCCUUGGGGAUCAGAUCCUUCAGGAGUCGAAGAAGAUCCUAUAACUGCAGAAGUGUCCAAUAAGAAGAAAAAACACAAGAAAUCAGAUAUUUGGGUCAUUGUUGUAGUGUCAGGGUCUUCUCUUGCACUUAUUUUGGCAUGUGCCGGGCUCAUGAUUUUAAUAGUAAAAUGGAUGAAACAUGGACGGCUUCAUGAGGCUAAGAGCCCUGCAACUAACACAGCAGUUAAUAGAAGAUAUGGCGCCAGAUCAACUUUGUCAACUAGCAUGGUGAGCUCUGCGUCAGCAUCGAUGCUUUCAACAGUGGCUACUUGCACGACAUCUGUAAAGACAUUUUCGCUAGCCCAGCUUCAAAAGGCCACAGAUGGUUUUAAUUCAAAACGAGUUUUGGGUCAAGGUGGAUUUGGACGUGUCUAUCAUGGGACAAUGGAGGAUGGAAACGAAAUUGCUGUUAAACUGCUCACAAGGGAGGACAGGAGUGGUGAUCGUGAGUUCAUUGCGGAAGUGGAAAUGCUCAGUCGACUACACCACCGUAAUCUUGUCAAACUGAUUGGUAUAUGCAUCGAGCGGAGCAAAAGGUGUCUUGUUUAUGAGCUCAUACGCAAUGGAAGUGUUGAAUCCCAUCUUCAUGGUGCUGACAAGACUAAGGGGAUGCUGAACUGGGAUGUCAGGAUGAAAAUUGCUCUUGGGGCCGCUAGAGGCCUAGCUUACCUACAUGAAGAUUCAAACCCUCAUGUUAUACACCGUGAUUUCAAGGCCAGCAAUAUAUUGCUGGAGGAAGAUUUCACUCCCAAGGUUACUGAUUUUGGUUUGGCAAGGGAAGCAUCCAAUGGAACUCAACCCAUAUCUACUAGGGUAAUGGGUACUUUUGGGUAUGUUGCUCCAGAAUAUGCCAUGACGGGGCAUCUUCUUGUGAAGAGUGACGUCUACAGUUAUGGGGUUGUCUUGCUCGAGCUUUUAUCAGGAAGGAAGCCUGUAAGCAUCUCUAAUUCCAAGGAUCCUGAGAACCUUGUGACUUGGGCCCGUCCUCUGCUAUCCCAUAAGGAGGGCUUGGAGAAGCUAAUUGAUCCUUCUCUGGAUGGAAACUUCAACUUUGACAAUGUAGCUAAAGUGGCAUCCAUCGCUUCCAUGUGCGUGCACACUGAUCCGUCACAGAGGCCAUUCAUGGGUGAAGUGGUCCAGGCACUGAAGCUUAUCUACAAUGAUGCAGAUGAGGCUUGUGACGAUUCUUACAGCCCAAGGGAUUCAUCAUGUGACCCAGACGGUGACUACCAAGGGGGCCUGGUCUUUGAGAGCGGCAGCUGGGGCAUUGAGGCCUCUGGGUGUUUAGACUACCGGCAUUCCCCACCAUUUGUAACUAUGGAGUACAGUUCGGGCCGAAUUGAAGGACUGCAUGACCCUCGCGCGGCAUUUUCAACGGGCUCCCAUGUGCAAUCACCAGUGCUGCAGAAUAGAUCAGGCCCCUUGCGGAUGAAGAAAAAGCUUGCCUCCUUCUACCGUUCCAGAGGCAGCAUUAGCGAGCAUGGGCACCUGCCUCACCAUUGAUCAAUAAACUUAGUGUUAGGUUGUUAGCUUCGGUUGACUUGGAAUUGAGGCUGGGGGAUGUCAUCACCUCUCGAUGAUUCUUGCCUCAAGUUAGUGUACAGCUGGUGCCUUCAGUAUAGAUGUUUUCAUUUGCCUUCUGCUUCCCCUGAAGCAAUGAGGAUGGGGUUGGCAGAUGCUCUCUAAUUUUGCAAAUUGCGGUUCAUUCCUCAUGCAUCUGAUUCGUGUAGUCUGGGUAGGAAAGUUUGUUGCCGAAAUUCUGGGCACCAUGUUGUUGUACUGGAUGCAAUUGGUUUGUAUACAAUGCUAGAGAUCUUCCUCGCAGUGGCGAGGUGAUCUAUACAGUCGGCUCAGCUCCUCAUGUCAGCUGUUCGUAAUCUCGCCUGGUUGCUUUGCCUUUCUUAUUGAAAACGUUUCAUUGGGUGUAUGCUCCUGAUGCUUCUUAUCU